AUGAGUAACUUUAGUGAUCUUCGUCAAAUAUCGGAUAUUUCCAGCAUUUCGACAAUUUCUCAUUCUAGCAGUAGAUUUAUUGGCAGGGUGGACUCGUCACAAUGCUUGUUAGACAAUAAUUCUAGCAUUAUAAAAAGUAGCAAUGAUAAGCUUGCGAUAAUCCAAGAAACAACUGCAAUUGAGAAAGCGAUAAAGUCUUUUUCAUUAUGCGAGAAAAAUAUGAAUGAGCACAGAAAAGUCAAUAUUGUUUAUCAAUGCAUUAAGGAAGCAUCCUUGAACGACAAAGAUGUUCUGUCUAAAAGCAUAGCAAGCAAAUUGCGAGUAUUACUCUUAAAUCAUGAACUUGACAAAUAUAUGCAUCUUCCUUCAUCAAUAAAACAUAUGCAAGACGAAUUGACGCUUUUAGGAAUUAUUGAUUUACCAUCGUCAGACUUAAAUCCUGAUGAGAAAUUAGAGAUUAAAUGCUGUGUCGAGACAAUGCUUCGAGAAAAAAUACACAAUAUGAUAUUAAGAUAUGAAGAAUUAGGAGGAAAUGUCAAAAAGGCAUUGAAGAGCAAUGAGUGCAACAUGCACAAUAAAUUCCUGGAAUAUUAUGACAUACCAGCAGUAGAAUGGAAGAAUAAAAUUGAGGAACUAAUUAUGCAAUGCAAAAGCGAUUCCCUGAAAUAUACAAAAUUAAUUGAUAGAUGGAAUAAGAUGAAAUAUGAGGAUAUGACCCAAGCAUAUUUGGAGAAGGCAGAGCAUUUACUGCUGCAGGCACAAGUUGCUGACUUGCAAGCAAAACUAACAAAUAUUUCUUGUACAAUCAGAAUGUUCAAGGAGACUCCAACUACAAUCGACGCUUUUAAAAUGCUAAAUCAACUGGUUGAAGAAAAGUUGAAGGCAAUCAGAGAUGAAAUUCGUCAAAAAGAAGAUUUAAAGAAGCUUUAUGAUAGUUUGAAAAACACAGAAUAUGAUAACAUAUUGGAAAACUAUUUGCAGCUUUGCAAUGCAAUAAAAAAAAAGAAAAGUAUCUUACAUAAAUUAAAAUAAAUUUUUAAAUACAAUUGGAGGAUAUUUUGAUAAUAAUAAAAGGAGUAUCUAAAAUAU